AUACAACAAACAAACAAACAAACAAUGGCUGCUGCUGCUUCUUCUUCAUCUUGUCUUAGAUCGUCGCCGAUAUUCUCAGCUCCUCCAUCUCAACCACUCAACAACACUCACACAGCAGUAGGGGUGGUUAAUAUCGGGUGUACGAGCAAUCGUGGUUCGGCGGCGUUGGUGUUACGCUGUUCAAGGGAGGACAGGAUGGAUAUGAGGGCAUCCGCUGUUGCUGAAGGGAUAGCUGAAAGUUUUAGUAAUUCUUUAUCGGAGACGGACGAUAAGGAACCUAGUGUAUCGACUAUAUUGAUGAAUUUUGAGAAUAAGUUUGAUCCUUAUUGUGCCAUGAGCACGCCUUUAUAUCAAACCGCUACUUUCAAACAGCCUUCUGCAACUGAAAAUGGCCCUUAUGAUUACACCAGGAGUGGCAAUCCCACUCGUGAUGUGUUGGAAAGUCUUCUUGCAAAGCUUGAUAAAGCAGAUCGAGCAUUUUGUUUUACAAGUGGAAUGGCUGCUUUAGCUGCAGUCAGCCGUCUAGUAAAAACUGGUGAUGAAAUUGUUGCUGGGGAGGACAUAUAUGGUGGUUCUGAUCGAUUACUGUCACAAGUUGUUCCAAGGACAGGAGUCAUCGUUAAGCGAGUAGACACAACUAACUUAGAGGAGGUUGCUGCUGCAAUUGGGCCCCAAACUAAGCUAGUAUGGUUGGAGAGUCCAACCAAUCCCCGAAUACAAAUUUCUGAUAUUCGUAAAAUAGCAGAAAUUGCUCAUGCGAAUGAUGCUAUGUUAUUGGUCGAUAAUAGCAUAAUGUCACCUGUAUUGUCUCGACCAUUGGAGCUUGGAGCAGAUAUUGUGAUGCAUUCAGCGACAAAAUUCAUUGCGGGACACAGUGAUGUCAUGGCUGGAGUGCUUGCUGUAAAGGGAGAAAGGCUGGCAAAAGAAUUGUAUUUCCUACAAAAUGCAGAAGGCUCUGGGCUGGCACCUUUUGAUUGUUGGAUUUGUUUACGUGGAAUCAAGACAAUGGCCUUACGUGUCGAGAAGCAACAAGAUAAUGCACAGAAGAUAGCAGAUUUUCUGUCAUCUCAUCCACUGGUAAAGAAGGUUAAUUAUGCUGGUCUUCCUACCCAUCCUGGACGCUCAUUACACUACUCUCAGGCAAAAGGAGCAGGAUCAGUCCUGAGUUUCUUGACAGGGUCACUGGCUCUGUCGAAGCAUAUAGUGGAAACUACCAAGUACUUCGGCAUAACUGUUAGUUUUGGGAGUGUAAAAUCGCUAAUAAGCAUGCCUUGCUUUAUGUCCCACGCAUCUAUACCGGCAGAGGUUCGCGAGGCCAGAGGUCUCACGGAAGAUCUUAUUCGUAUCUCUGUGGGGAUUGAGGAUGUAAAUGACUUGAUUGCUGAUUUGGAUCAUGCACUAAGAACUGGUCCUAUUUAGUUUGGGUAUAAAAAUAAAUCUUGCUUAGGGUUUUUGGCUAUAAAACAUUGAAUCAUGACAGCAUCUACAAGACUUGUUAUAUCAUUCUUGGUAA